GCAAUGUGGACAGCCAAUAGCGAGGGGUUAUGCUAAUUGCAUGAGAUUAAAAGGGAACCCCUGGCUUCUCGAGUUAGUUUUGCAGAGGUUGGCAGAAGUGAUAGGUGUUGUUUGUUGAGUGGAACAAGUAACUGUCUUGCUACUUUUUAAAUACGUUUAUAUAUUUUUGUGUAACCUUCAUGUGCCGCUGACAACACUCCAAAUCAGUAUAUUGCAGUUUUCUAGAAACUUCUCCGGAACUUGCAUUGCGAAGAACAGCUGCAAGAAUUGAAGUGCUGAGAUUUUAUUAUUAUUUUUUUUUUGGUCUCUUCUGUGUUGGUUAUCGUUACUGUCACUCGUUUUGCAAAGGUUGCCUCUGUGUUUUCCUGGUUUGAUGGCUAUGUCCUCCGGUGAUGUGUCGGAGCAGAGCAGGCGGUUCAGCGUGCUGUCUUGGCCGCAGGUCCAGCGGUUGAGCUCGAUUCUCGGGGAGACGGUCCCCAUUCACGGUCGGGGAAAUUUCCCCACACUCUCUGUCCAGCCCAGGCAAAUUGUGCAGGUAAGCAAACUAACAACACCGGUCUAUGUAACUAUUACAUUAAACAUCACAUUAAACGGGUCAGUCGCGAGCCACGCUCUGCACCAGGAUGGCGGCCUGGGCUACAAGGACCUCGACCUGAUCUUCGGCCUGGAUCUUCCGACGGACAAGGAGUUCCGGGUGGUGAAGGACGUGGUCCUGGACUGCCUGCUGGACUUCCUCCCGGCGGGCGUCAACAAGGACCGCAUCACACCCCUGACCCUGAAGGAGGUCUACGUGCAGAAACUGGUGAAGGUGUGCAACGACACGGACCGCUGGAGCCUCAUCUCGCUCUCCAACAACACGGGCAAGAACGUGGAGCUCAAAUUCGUGGACUCCCUGCGGCGGCAGUUUGAGUUCAGCGUGGACUCCUUCCAGAUCUCCCUGGACUCGCUGCUGCUGUUCGAUAAGUGCUCCCAGACACCCAUGUCGGAGAGCUUCCACCCCACCGUGCUGGGGGAGAGCAUGUAUGGGGACUUCGAGGAGGCCCUGGACCACCUACGCAACAAGACCAUAGUUACCCGCAGCCCGGAGGAGAUCCGAGGAGGGGGGCUGCUCAAGUACUGCGACCUCCGUGUGAGAGGCUUCCGGCCCAGCUCCGAGGCGGAGAUGAAAUCCCUCCAGCGGUACAUGUGCUCGCGCUUUUUCAUCGACUUCCCGGACAUCUCGGAGCAGCAGCGCAAGUUGGAGGCUUACCUGCAGAACCACUUUAUGGGCAUGGAACACAAGCGCUACGACUGCCUCGUGACUCUGCACCGCGUGGUCGAUGAGAGCACAGUCUGCCUCAUGGGCCACGAGCGGCGACAGACUCUGAACCUCAUUGCUGCGCUGGCCCUCCGCGCCCUGGCUGAGCAGAACGUUAUCCCCACCGUGACCAACGUAACGUGCUACUACCAGCCUGCGCCGUAUGUCAGGGACAGAAACUUCAACAACUACUACGUUGCACACCUGCAGCCCUGCAGUAACACGUACCGGACUUGGCUGCCUUGUAACUAAAUAGUCGAGCGCGGGGGAUGAGGGGACUAGGCAGGGGAGAGAAGGGAAGGCUUCCAUUUUGUCAGCCACAUGUUGCUGGUAGAUGUAAAGUUUAUUUCCUCUGAAGUGACGUCUUUCACUUGGUUGAACACCAUCUGCUGUAUUCGUUGAUUGAGCCAGCAGGAGGAAUGUUUUUCCUCUAUGGGAAGAUGCUUGGGAGCCUUGCAGUCCUUUUUAUAGAAGGGGAUUGGAGCCCACCCCCCCCAUUUUUUUUUUUUGUUUUUUUUUUUUUUUUGUUAAAUAAGAUGCAGAAAUUGCAUUUUAUAACGGAUUCAAUGCUGCCUACAAAGUUCCAGGCUAUGGUUUUAAGUCAGUGGUGCGCAAACAGGGGGGGAGGGGGGGGACACUAAAGGGGCAGUUCAGUAAAAUAAAAUAAAUAGAAAAUUUAAAGGAUAGAACAUUAAAUACCUAAAUGACAGCUAAUUAGACCAAGUUCUUACCUUUUUCAAGUGAGCUGUUGAUGAUCACUCUAGAACCGAAGAAAGUAUGUUUUCAAGUGGUGAGUGUGUCAGUGAAACUACAGUGAACAGUGGCGACCAAGUGUAAAAAGAAACACUGUUUUAACAGCCAUUUUUUCGUGGAUUUUAUGUAAGUCGUGUAUUUUUUCCUAGAUUUAACAAUAAAAAGUCCAGCUUCAGCUAAAAACAUAAAUGUUAACACAGUUCUUUUAAAGUCGGAGUGUAAGCGUAACUGUGCAGCGUACAAUGCCAAAUCAAACUGGUCAAUGGGCACGGGCUUGCAUGGAAGAGCUAUGCACAGCAGAUACGAGCUUGCAAAUCAAAAACAAUGAAAACUGUUGCUUUAAAUGGAGUAAUGCACAACCAAGCGAAGCGAGCCACGCGAAUGAAGCAGGCAAAUGUAGACGCGCGUUUGUUUUAUUUGUGUGUUGCAAUACGCUUUCGUGUCGCAAUGGACCAAUCAGAAAUAAGGUCAAAGAUAGUGGCUGUCAGACUGCGUGAGCGAGACCCUGACAGCUUACCACCAAAAUAAAAAAAAAUCUGCAUCAAUGAGAAUUUUUAAAGUCGAAAAAUAAAAUUGUUUAUGCUUGGUGUCCGGUGAACAAUAAAAAGGACGCCACAUGUCAAGAAAUAGCAGAACAGUUGGAAAUUGAUGGUAUGUCAAAGUGACAGGGAGUGCCAUACACUGGUUUUGUAUUUCUGUAAAAUGAAGCUAUUUUUUGUAAUGUUGACCAAUAAUAAUAAUUGCAUAGCUGUUUAACAAGCUGGUAGUAUUCCCCGAACUGUUUUUUUUUGUGUGUGGUGUACCCAUGCUCGUUUAUUUAUUUUUUCGUCUCCACAAAAGCAGCAAACGGAGACA